GAAGGGCAGCGCCGAAGGCCAGCCCCAAGGCAAAGGCCGCAGUGGCGGGGGGGAGCCCCAAGGCCAAGGCUGCAGCGGCAGGCGGCGCUGUCGAUGGCCGCCGUGGCUUUCCUGGCGCCCCCUGGUCGUCAUCAGGGUCAUCGGAGCUCGACAAGCUGCUGGCCAUCCCCGACCCGACUAUCGCGGCCAAGCUACGGGAGGCGGUCGCAGAGACGCUGGAGCAGCAGCUGCAGUCGGCCACCGAUCGGCGCAUCAACCUCCAGCGCCAGCUGGACAAGGCCGCCGACGCCCUGGUGGCGGCUGAGGAGCAGCUGGACGAGUGUCGUGGCUGGCGUGACACCGUCGCAACCAGCCUGGCGGAAGCCCAGGCGGAGGAGGCCCAGCUCCUGCGCAGUCGGGCCAAGGCCUCGGGCAUCGCGCAGCCGACUCCCGAUGCCUCGAAGUCGGUCACCUUCACCUUCGACGUGGAGACGUUCGAGAACUUCAGCGAGCUUGAGGAGGAGGCCCAGGCCAACCUCCGCCAGAUGUGCGAGAAGGAGCAGCUGCAGCGGCUCAAGAAGGACAUCGAGGAGGCCGCGGCCAGCAAGCGCGGGCCCGCCAGCGGCUUCAGCGGGCACGCCGCGCAGGCAGCCGAGCUCGGGGCUGCGGCGGCCGAGGCAGGCCGCCUGCGGGCCUCCGAGCACAAGGUGGCCAGUGCUUCUGCUUCGCCUGCUGCUGGUGACGGGGCUGCUGGCCAGUUCGCAGGGCAUGGAGGCGGCGUCGACCAGGAGGCCCGACGCCCAGCUGGGACAGACCCCGCGGCUACAGAAGUGCAGAGUCUGGUCCUGCACGCAGGACAUACGCUUGUCACUGCAGUCGCGGCAGCCAUCAGCCUCGAGCAGUGCCUGCCCCUCCUGGAGCCCUUGGCGCUGCAGCAGGGCUCGCUGGAUGGCGACCUCCGCGUCUGCACCUACAACGGUAACACGUGGAAGUCGAUCGCUGGAGCCCUUGGGUGGAUCCACAGGAAAGGGAUUGAGCCGCGCGUCACAUUGAUCCAGGAGACGCGGUUUUCCUCCCAGACCGCCGAGGAGCAAGCCCACGAAUGGGCCAACCGAUGCGGCCUCCGGCUGGCAUGCUCAGCUAUGUUCAGAAGGGGAGAGGCGGCCGAGGCGGUCCCGGCUGGCGUUGGCAUCGUCACCUCGCGGUUGCUGGGCUCGGUGUCCAACCGCCAGCUGCUCGCCGACCUCCACGAGUGGUGCGCGCUGUUGGGCGACCCCUUCGCGAUAGGCGGCGACUGGAACAUCGAGGCCUCGGAGCUCUUGAUCUCUGGGUGGCCAGCCCUUAUCGCAGCGGCUGCGCUGGGCCCAGGAGCAGCUGCAUGCAAUGGCAACGAGCACGAUUACUUUGUCAUCCCGACGGCAUUGGAAGCCAUGGCGGGCUCAAUCACGGCCCAUGCCGACACGCCGAACGGCCUUCAUCAGGCGGUUCCUUUGGUUCUGCAAGGUUGCCGGCAGCGGACCAUGGCGCAGACCCAGAGGGUGCCCGAGGCCUUCGAGUUGGAGUACGUGGCCGAUGGCGUGGCCAGAGGCAGGCGGAACCAGUUGGUCGAGUCGCUGGCAUGGCCCCCGUCCGACACUGAGCCUGAUGGCCCCAUCGAAGAGUGGUUCACGCAAGCGGAGCCGGCGUUGCAGGCGCCCCAAGGCAUGCCUGAGGACGAGGCCCGCUGCAUCAAGGGCAGGGCCAAGGGCAUCAGGACGAUCGCGGCCCCGCUCGAGGCCAAGGUGCACGCAGGCAGACUAGGCAAGGAUUUGGGCAUCGCCAUGUUCGACGGCUCCGUCCUCGACAGCUUCUGGGGAGAAGUCAGCCUGCUGACGGCCACGGGCUACAACCUCUUGGCCAUGAUCGAGCAGAUUGUGGUCAAACAUCCCGAAGAGGACUCCCGGGCCAGGAAGUCGAAGUGGGACGAGUUCACCGAGCUGGCCUUCGAGCGGCAGGGGCCCAUCGCCCACGAGAUCUCGAAGAAGACCCAUGCCGAGCCGUUGCCCAUCCUUGAGAAGGGCUUCGCCGACGCUGCUCUCGUCGGACAGCCUGCGCUAGACAGGGUCCUCGAGGACUGGCCCCCUCACCGGGUGGGGCCAGUGCGGGCAAACCAGGAGCAUCCCAUGGCUUGGGAGACUAGGGACUGGACACUCACGCCCAUCACGAUUGACGACAUCAAGCUGGUGGCCCGCAAGUUUCCCAAAACCACGGGCCUGGGGCGGGGCAAUUUCCAUCCUCGGCAGCUGCUGGAGGUCGGUGACGACAUCUUGUUCAGGCUUGCCAGCUUGCUCAAC